ACAACUGCGCGGCACGUUUUUUUUUCUUUCUUACAUUUCUUACACUUUAUACAAAAACCGUAUAAAAUAUUAAAAUGUCAAAAUGAAAAUAUUCAUCAAAAACCCACUGCUGUUGUUUGUGCAAACUGUGUAAACUGUAAACUGUAAACAAAUAUUCACUAAUUUACUGUCAUUGGAUAUUGAAAAGUCAAUAAUCAAUGACAGUGUAUCUCCAUAAUAUUUUAUAUUUGAUUAAUUAUUCAAGGCAAGUCUAAAAAAUGUAUUCUUAUCGACAAUCAUGAAUUUUUCUUAAUUUUACUUGUUGACAGUAUUUACAAUACACUCGGAACAUUGUCGCAGUAUGGUACAUAAACAAUAAUUUUAAAUUGAAUUAUUUAUUAUGAUCAUUCACAUCAAUUUGAUAUGAUCAUUACACAUUAUAAUUCACCGCCAGUUACCUCCCAGCUAGGAGAAAAUAGACACUGUUUCAGGUGUUGUGUAAACAGUAAAGAGUUGAUCAAAGUUAAUAACUCUCUAACGAAUCGUUGAUUAACCAUUAAAGUUUUAACUGUGACAAUACAAUGACGGAAAGAAGUCAAGAAUUUUUGGAAGUUCUUUUAAAAGCAUCAGAAAAAGCAGCAAAUAUUGCUCGUGUUUGUCGACAAAAUCAAGCAUUAUUUAAUUUACUUGUGCAAGAAAAAACUGAUGCUGGAAAAAAUCCACGAUUUAUACGUGAUUUCAAAACACUUGCUGAUGUUCUUAUUCAAGAAUCUGUACGUCAUGAAAUUGGAGCUCAGUUUCCAGAUAUUGCAAAAAUGGUAAGAGGUGAAGAAACAAAUGUAUUUAGCAAUACGUUAGGAACAAGUGUUAUUGUUGAAGUUUGUUCAACUUGCAUAGAAACAUCAAAUUUACUAUCACAAGUUUUAGACAAUGACGAGUAUACAGCCAAUCUUCUUGCAACUGAAAUUCACAGAGAUAUUUCAAUUACAGAAGUGCCAAAUCAUGAUGAUUUAAAUACAUAUGAAUUAAACAUUGAUGUUAAUGAUGUAGGAAUUUGGAUUGAUCCAAUUGAUUCAACAGCUGAUUAUAUAACUGCAAAUACAUUAGUGGAUGAAGUAACUGGAUUACACUUGAGUGGCUUACGCUGUGUAACUGUACUUAUUGGAGCAUAUUCACUAAGCACUGGUCUUCCAAUUUUAGGAGUUGUUAAUCAGCCAUUUUAUUCAUGUAGUGAUGAAAAUACUCAAUGGAAAGGCACUUGUUAUUGGGGUAUUGUUAAUGCAUCUGGAAAUGGUAUUAUAUCAUAUCCAAAGCCAGUAAAUACCAACAAUGUUAUUGUCAUUAGUAGAGCUGAAGAUCCAAGUAUCAAAGCUAAAUUGACAAAUGAAGGUUUCAGACUGAUAGAAGUGGCUGGUGCAGGCUAUAAAAUUUUGAGUGUGGCAAUUGGUCUAGCUGAUGCAUAUAUUCUUUCCAAAAAGUCAACAUACAGAUGGGAUACGUGUGCACCUCAAGCUAUCCUAUCAGCUCAAGGUGGUGGUAUAAUUGAUUUUUCAUUAUUCACAACUGAAUGUGCCAAUGUUGAACUUAAAUAUUCUGGUGAAGAAUCUAAUUAUUCGAAUAAAGGAGGACUCAUUGCUUAUCGAGACUCGGCAAUAUUAGAUAGGCUGAAAAAAUCUCUAGUUUUAACAACAAAGUUGUAAUGCAAUAAUAAUAAUUGAAUAUCAAGUUUAUCAACAGCUGAAAAGUUAUACUGUUAUUUUGAUUGUUGAAAUUUAACUUCUUUUUUGAUAGAAUAACCGUUUGUCAAAACAUUUUCUGUAUCAAUUUAUUAGAUGCUGUUUCAAACAAUAUGUGUUUUUUUCAUGUUUCUGCAUUUACAUUUUCUAGCAGAAUAUUUUGUGUUAGACAAACUUAGUAAAUAAACUCAAUGAGUAUUUUAAUUUACAUAUUAAUUGUUUGAGCUUGAUGUGAUUAUAUCAACUUUUUGUUGAGAAUAAACGUUUAAAUUAACGAAUGAUUGAAAUAAUUCGAACCAAAGGCAAGCCAUUGAAAUUGACAGGAUAAUGUAGACUUUUGUUAUAUUAUAAUGCUUUUUUUUUAUUUAAAACAAUUUCUAUUUCUCUGUACUGUAACAGAAAGAGACAGCGUUUUGUUUCACUAUGAAUUUUAUCAGAGUUCUGUAUUUUUGGUACUUUGUACCUUAAAUGCAUAAAUAAUUAUAAAAAAUUUGUUGUAAAAUAGCGGUAAAGACAUAUAAUUUUUGUUAACUGUAUUUUCUUAAUAUAUAAAAUUUGUUGUGAAUAAAAAAUAAAUAAUUUAUGACAUAUAUAAACAA